AGUGUCAGGGAAGAAAACAAAACUGCCAGCACACCUUGGGACAAAUGACUAAAUGCCCUCCAGACAUUUCAGAGUCCUCUGCCUUUCAUACUUCAGUUCUUCCUGAAGGAAUCUGGGGCUGGAAAGCAGGAAGCAAUUUGCUGUGGGAUUUUUUUCCAUCACAGACUCCAAAUUCUUUAGCCUUUGGACUCUUGAACUUCCACCAGUGUUUUGCCAGGGGCUCUCGGGCCUUUGACCACAGACUGAUGGCUGCACUGUCACCUUCCCUAGUUUUGAGGUUUUGAGACUUGGGCUGAUCCACCGGUGACUUCCUUGCUUUUCAACUUGAAGAUGGUCUAUCGUGGGACUUUACCUUGUGAUUAUCCUUGCCUGGAUUCUCCAUCUCCUCAACCCCAGGAACCAACAAGCUAUCAAAGACAGAAUUUGCACCAGAGGACAAAGGAAGGCUAUAAGCAUGUUGAAGGCAGAGACUAUACCUUGUUCAGUGUUCUGUCUCUAGUAUCUACUGCAAGACCAAGCAAACAGCGAUCUGAGCAUCUGAUGGCAGAACUGGAAGUGGUGAAAGAAAGCUCCAUGGACACUCUGGACAUAUUCUAUAUUAUUUGGAUCCAGACUGGUCUAAAUUUGUCAAAAGAGAUGAUCAUGAUAUAAACCACGGGGGAAAUGAAGCAUGUUCAUUUUGGAUUGAGGAAAAGUUUGUCAUUAUAAUGUAUCUUCCGAUUUGGUUGCCAUGCAGGGGAAUUUGCUGUUCUUUUGAUCUUUUUCUCUGUUUAAAAAGACAUAUCAACUAGGAGAAGAAUGGAGUAGGUGAAGCACCCCUAAUAUUAUUAGUGUGCUUGUGAACAUCUGAUAUGCUAAAAGGCAAAGUGGGUGGAAUGGAAUUGCUCUUAAAUAAGUAAAAAACUUAACAUUCAAUUAUCUUUUAAAGUGGGCAUAAUUUGGAAGGUUUCAUUUAACAUAUUGCAGGUAAAAUCUAAUUUUGUUUUUCUAAACUUUCCUUUGCUAAUGCAAGGCAGGAGAGUUUGGUGUGUUUAAAUAGACCAAAGUCUCUUGGGGAGAGUCAGAAGUCUGGGAUUCUCAUAUUUUGGAGACAGUGAUUUGAUUUUCCUAGGAUCUUUUUUUUUUAAGCAGAAAAUGUGGUAACAGUGUCAUCUAGUCACAGCCAUGGAGACAACCCACUAGGGAUUAAUAGAAUUUUACAAAUGCUCCUCUGUCCCAGCUGAUAAAACUCCCUUCUCAUCCAAAGUAUCCGCCCAAAGAGAAAACUACCCUAGGACUUUUGUUUCUUCCAGAAAUUACUUCCGACAGCUCCCCCUUUUGAGACUCUCUCUCUUUCCCCUGCUGUUUAAUUUCCUUUGGUUGUAGCAAUGUAGGGGAAACCCUUUGUGUAGUGCAGGGGCUAAUAGCAUGCUCUCUGAAACCACACAGCUUCUUAGCCAGUCUAGACACUGCUAUUGAUGAACUGUACCAUCUUGACUGUUUCAUUAACCCCCUUUGAGGUUUCCCUUACAUAGAAAUUGGGGACAGUAAUAGUUCUGACUAUCUAGUGCUGUCCUGAAGAGUAAAUGAAACUGUGCAUGUAAAGUGGUAACCUCCAAACGGGUGUUAGCAGUUGCUAUUGUUGCUAUUAUUAUUAUUAUAUUAACUUUUAAUCUGUAGGAGCUUGAGCCAAGCCCAGAUCCGUUUGCAUGUGCCAGCUUCAGUAGCUGUGCCAGCAGCCCCACUGGGCACUAUGGCGGUGGUGGUGAUGGAGGAGGAGGUGGUGGUAAACAGGGAGAGAAAUGGAUUAAGCAGAGGAGGAUGAGGUAGGAAGAAGGCACAAUGGGAGGGUAAUAUGGUUAGGCUCUGUGUCCUCACCCAAAUCUCAUCUUGAAUUGUAAUCCCCAGGUGUUUAGGGAGAGACCUGGUGGGAAGUGAUUGGAUUAUGGGGGCAGUUUCCUACAUGCUGUUCUCAUGGCAGUGAAUUCUCACUAGAUAUCAUGACUAUAAGGGGCUCUUCCCCCUUCAUUUCUCAUCCUCUCUGUCCUGCCACCAUGUGAGAGAAGGUCUUAGCUUGCUUCUCCUUUGCCUUCUGCCAUGAUUAUAAGUUUCUUGAGGCCUCCCCAGCCAUGUGGAACUGUGGGUCAAUUAAACCUCUUUCCUUUAUAAAUU